UGGUGCUAUAGAAGGGCAAAAUAUAACUGACAGUAAUGAAAGCUCAUUAAAUGAAAAGAUGUCAAAUGAAAAUGAAGACCAGAAAGUAUCUGAGGAAUGUUGUAUUUCAACAGUGUCAGCUGAAGAAUUGCUACAUUCACCUGUUGCAGAAGGCUAUUUUGAUACAGCUUAUAGAAAGCCAUACACAUGGGACCCUGCUUUUUUAUCCUCCAUGCUUCUUAAGGAGCAAACCUGUAAUUUACAGAAAGAGGGAGGUUACUUUCUGUCACAUGAAGUUAUAAGAGUACAGCCUCUUAAAACACGCAAGGGCCCCAUCAGGAUUGGGCUGUCAAGAAAAGCUAGGCCCAAACAACAGCUUCAUCCUUAUCUGAAAUGAUACCGGAUUCUUUUACCAGCCUUCAGAUAGAACCACUCUGCUUGAAAACAUCAGAAAUGUUUUUAUGUUCAGUGUUUUGGUUGAUAGUUUGAUCUUUGUGGUUUAUGGUAUUUUUAGACAUUAAUAUUGCAGUGUUUGCUAGUGAUUUAUUUAAGAAUACUCCUGUGAAUACUUGAUAGCAAAGGGAUUUAUAGUGAAUGUUUACUAGUAGAAGUUUUAAUGGAAAUAUGAAGCCCUUUUAAAGUUUAUUUAUUAUUAAUAAAAUCUGACAUGUAUUUUUCAUCUAUUAAA